AUGGAUCCGAUCUUCCCCAUGGAUGCGCCUUCCUUCACGGAUAGUCCUCCCGCCACGGAUUGUCCUCCCGCCAUGGACAGUCCUUCUCCGCCAGAUAUCUCUUCGGCCAUUGGUAUUCCCAUCCCCAAUGCUAUGCCUCCCGACACCAUCCCGGUGACUUUCUCCGCUAACGAGCCCGAGGAGAUGUCAUCUGCCUUCUUCUCGGGCCUGUUGAACGACGAAAUAGCCCGCGCGAUGGACAAAAACAAGGUGCCUGCGGUCUACUUUGGUGACGGGCUACUGGCACUGUUUGGCCUUAAGAUUGAAGUCAAAACCUCUUCGUGGGUAAUACCCAACACACUGAUGGAUACAGCAGUCGGAAUCAUCACCGAAAUGGGGCUUAAGGAGUGCCCUUGUGGGACGGAAUGUGAGCAGCUUCGUGACGAGGACGAGCCCUUCACCUCCGCCCAUCACUUCCACAUCCCCUCCGGUAGAAAAACCCCCUUUCCGAUCCUCCAUCUGUACUGGAAAGGAGACCUUCUCGAUGACCUACCAGAGCCAUGGUACGGAGAGCCUUCCCUGAACAAUCCGUACUUCAUGCUUGAUAGCGAUGAUCGGGUUGAAAAGAUAGCCGGUGCCCCUACCGAAAGAGUAACUCCUCCAGGUCAACGCUGUCCCAUUCGUAUCCCCACAGUCAGCGCGUUUGAGGAGGCCACUCGCCGUUUGUGGAACCUAUACGGCAAGUCCCACCCCCACAUGAAGUGGGCCACGUACGAGGUCAUGCUGGCUGAAUAUGUUCGGCUUCACCCGCCGGAGCCUUUUGUUGUAUACGAUAGAGGCUACCCGCGGCCAGACCCUGUGCAUAGCGGGUGGAGUCCUUCAAUUGCUACCCCUGUUGAAGGCGGCAUUGGUGGGUUGUUCCGCCGAGAGGCCGAGAGGGAGCGGGAGAGGGCGCUGGAAUUCGGGCACGGUCCUAGAGAAGAUCCUAGUGGUUUACCUUGGUAG